AUGCCCGGGGUUCCGUCUAGCAAAGGAUGUGAUGCUUGUCGACGCGUAAAGAAGAAGUGUGAUGAACUCAAACCAUGCUCACGGUGUCGCCGACUGCAAAUUCUCUGUAUUGGCAGUGGCCAGCAGCGGUUUAAGUUUAAGAAUACGGAAUCGGGUCUGACGAAGAUGACACAAGCGGAACCGAGGAGGACUCGGGCCGUGAUAUCUCCAGCCACGACCGUAGCGAACUCCUUUCAGAUCCUGAUGCAGAUACCUGGCGAUAAGCUAGCCGCGUUAUUUGCCAAUACUUUGGCAAACACCGACGUUAGAUAUGAUAUAACCUAUUAUGGGGUGUUCUUGAAGGAAAUACCUCGACGCCUAGGCCAUAGUGUGGCUCUAGACGCAUCUGUUAAGGCAGUGGUCACUGCCUAUCCGUACUUUCGUCAUCAAAACUUCGGUGCAGAUGCUUAUAUGGAAUAUUGCAACUCCUUACGGGCGCUUCGAGAGUCCUUGAAUGACCCAGUCCAGGCUCGGUCACUCGAUACACUCUGUGCUGUUUACCUAAUUUCGAUCUGUCAGAGCUGGCUAGGACGAUACGAUGACAAGUUGAAAAGCCACGGAGAAGCAAUCGCCCACCUCUUGAAAAUCACCGACCUGCGCAAAUGUAAAAGCAGCUUUGAAAAGGAGAUGAUUGUCACUUUGACUGUUCCGGUGAUCCUUGAGGCUGUCAUCAACCCCCGCAUUCAAAUGGAUUCCAAAUGGUGGGACGAUGUCACACGGCGCUUUUCUGGAGCGCCACGCCCUCGAAACGCUGACCCACCUCAGUCUUCCAGUACCUUGAGCACUUUUGCAAACUUACCUGAAUGGAUCCGACACCCAGAUCCGCAUAUUCCCGAGAUUGCAGCUGUUUAUCUCACCAUGCGAGAUGAUGCUGAAAAGAUGCGUCGGUAUCUGGAUCGUUGGUCAAAUGUCGCAUCGAAUUCCUUCACUGAUCCGGCCGCCGUCAACCACUGUCGUCACCAGGCGGGGUAUACACUUGUUAUCACUCUUGCCUUGAUUCUGAACACCCUCCUUCGAGCGUUUGACCCCACUAAUACCUUUCUUACUGCGGAAUCUUUAUCUUUUUGCAGUGAGAUGAUACGGGAAGCCGAGGCUGCUUGUCGCUAUCGCCCACUGGGAGCGGCUUAUGUUGCAUUAUGCCUUGUGGUGGGUUGCUCUGCUGCCGAAGAUCCACACCAGCUGGCACGCCUCCAGGCUCUCUUGGCCGACUAUUCGACAGACUUCAAAGAAAUCGACUGGAUCGAACGUAUAAUGUGGCUUCGGGCAUGCUUUUACAGUCAUCACCUCAGAGCUCAGCUGAAUCUGAAUAGUGCAAACUAUUCUGAAGUAGACGGAAGACUUUUGGACACUGCCUGGCAUGAACAGAAUAGUCGCCCAGAAUCUUGCAGUGUGAUGUGA